CCCAGUUCAGUGUCUGUGCCAUGUCAGUACCAGGAAGGAUAUCAGGAAGCUCCAAAAUACUGGUGCAGCGGAAUAACCUGGCAGAGCUGCUCUAAAGUGGUUGAGACCACGGGGUCGGAGGCCGAGGUGAAGUGGGACAGAGUCUCCAUCAGAGACGAUCACACCCUGCGCAUGUUCACUGUGACCUUGGAGAACCUGACACUGGGAGACACUGGGAUUUACUGGUGUGGGAUAAAUCUAAAAAGCAAAAGUGAUUUUAAUUCUCUUGUUAGCGUGACUGUCCUCCAAGAGUUUUUCUAUUCUGCUCCAUUUCCAUCAUCACCAGCUGCACCAAAAACAGAGACGUCACAUCCUGCACAGCCAAGUAGUAACUUCUCCUCAGGACCAGAGCUGGACUCUAGAAGAUACCAACUCAGCAACCAUUUCAUCCCUUUGCUACUCCUGGGCUUCUUGAAGACCUGCAUUUUCCUGUGCCUAGUCUGUGCCGCAAUCUGGCUGAGCGUACAGAACAAGAGAAACUCCAGGAAGCUGGUGCCAGAUGGACAUGCUCAUGACCUGCCUCAUUCUGAGGUUAAGAAUGGAUCAGAACCAGCAGAGGGACCUUGAGCUCGAUUUUUCUCUCACACAAGUGAGAACGUGGAACAGCUCCAGUGAAGCCUAUCAAGCUACACUGGUGUAAAUCCAGUGCCAGUGAUACAAGAAUGAGAACCAGACUCUGCAUGCGGGAGGGGGGAGUGGCAUUUCUGCCCUAAUUUUGAGGAGUCUAGUACCCUGACUCUUGUUUGUACUAGAUGAGAGAUUUUGAAUAGAUGGCAAAGGCACCUAGAACCCUGGAGAGCAUUUUUUGAUAUUCUCUGUCCAUCUAAAUAGAUAAAAUAUUCAAAUCACUAACAUCCCAGUAACCAAGUCUACCAUCCCUCCUAGAGCGUCCAUAACAAACUGCUCAUUCGCGCUCUCCGUUCACUUCACCCUCUUGUUAUGAAGUGUGAAAGGGCACAUGAGGUUAGCACCAGAAAGGCAUCAGAUAAGAAAAGCAGCACAAGC